AUGCCGACGGCAGCGUCUCCGUCGAAAAAAAGUAGGGAGGAGUUCGCUGGAAGCGACUGCAGCGAGACGAUCGAGCCCGCUGGGGAGGGGGCACUGGAUGAAGCAAGCGCGGUGUGGAAGGAGAGGCACGCGGGACCGACGGCGGAAGCGGCGCAGGUAUUAAGGGGCGGCGGCGGGCGGCGGCGUUCUGUCUCCGCCAUGUCGCCGUCCCGCCUGCCCCUGGCACUGCUGCUGCUGCUGCCGCUGCUGCUGGCGCCCCUGGCCGCCGGCGCCUACGAGAAGCCGGGCGCGUGCUCGCCCGCGCUGCCGCAGCUGGUGUGCGAGCGCACCUGCGCCUACGACGGCCACUGCCCCGGCCAGCUCAAGUGCUGCGCCACCACGUGCGGCGGCGCCGUCUGCUCGCAGCCCGUCACGCGCUCCAGGGCGCCACUCAUCAUGAAGGCGGGCACGUGCCCCGACCCGCCGCCGCGCAAGCCGUGGGUGUGCUCGAACCGCUGCUCGCUGGACGGCGACUGCCGCGGGCCGCUCAAGUGCUGCCGCUCUGCCUGCGGCGGCCUCGCCUGCCUGCCGCCCGCCUACCCAGAGGAGCCGCUGCUCUACUACUGACUACCUCACCUCACCUCACACUCAAUUCGCGUCCUUGUUUCCCUACAUUUUUGGCUUUCUGAACUCAUUCCCAUUUUGCAAAAUGGGAAAGUUUAGGAAACAAAUUCCAACGCUCUUACCUCCAAUGGUGCCGUGAGCCUCCAAAUGAAGUAAUACAGGUUCAUUUUGUUUUGUCAGUAGCACACAUUCAAACAGUUUUGUACAGUUAUUCCAUUGUCUUUUGUUGGGAACAAGUAAAUGUAUCGAUGACUGUCUGAUUUGAAUAUAGCCGUGUCUUUUCAGAGACAUUUAAGACUGUGUCCUUAGGUAGCGAAACAAUUGUAAAUAUUUCCCCUAUCUCUGUCGAUUAGAAUAGACACAACUCAUUUCAUCUAGCUUAUUUAAUGUCCUCAUUUUUAUUUCGUGCAACUAUGAGAGCACAAGUUUUUUUCGCUGUAUUUCUUUACAAAGAGAUUACACAAAAAAUACCACUACAAUUUUGUAAAUAUGUUAGAUGUAAGACAAAUAAUCUUUGUUACUUGCUUAUUGCAUCUUUACUUGUGAAUAUGUCAUCGAGUAUGUAUAAUAAAUUGCAUCAAUUUUUA